CAAGGUGACAAACAUUUCACUUAAUUUUGUUGGCACUUAAAAUGAAUGGAUCAAUAGACUUCUGCGUAUACAAUAAUAAAUUAUCAUUUGGCUGAUCUUUCUCCAUCUAAAAAGAAUUAGAAUUAUACAUACAUAUAUAAAUACAUAUAUAUAUAAUCAAAUUAACUAUUCAAUUAUAUAAUUAUGCCACUUGGACGUUCAAAUAAAAACCAAAAUUUACGUACUGCUAAAUCGGAUAGUUCACUUCAUCAACAAGAAUAUGAUCAAAAAACAAAUCAAAAAGUAAUUUAUCGAUGUAUUGUAUGUGCACUUGAUAGAACUUUAGUGAAUACUAUAGAAGUAAAGGAAAGAAAUAACCUAAGUGAUUUAUUUAUUUCACACAUGAAGAAACGUACAAGUCAUCAAGUUCGUUUUAUAUGUUUACAAGAUCGAAUUAUUUUUCGAAAGAAAAAUUUUGUUGCUAAAUCGUUAUUUCGUGAUCAUGUAUUGUAUAAAGAUGUAGAACAUUUUUUUAUGUGUAAAGAAUACCCAGAUAUGUUUAUGUUAUCAGUGAGAUCUGAAUUUCCAUAUUCAAGUUACUGUGAAACAUAUAAAUGUAAAGAUCCUAAUGAUACUCAACGUUUAUGUGAAAUAAUUUAUAAUGCAUCUAAACACUCUGAUAACAUGGUACAUGAUAUGCCAUCAGUUGAUUCUCCAUUAAAGGCACAAUCUAUGUCAUACAUUGAUACUCAAAUAAGUUCAGAAGUUACAAAUAAAAAUCUAUUGAAUCGUUCAUUAUCAAAUAGUUUAAAUGAUGGUUGGGCUACACCAAAAUUACAUAAUGAAUCACCUAUACAACUAUCAACAGAUUCACCAGCUCGAUCACCAUUACUUUCUUAUCGAUCACCUGUUCAAACGCCGAUGAGUCGUGAUUCUCAAAUUAAACCAUUAGUAGUUACACCAAUCAAUACGGUGAAUACUUCAGCUUACGUAUCUGCUCCAACUGAAAUAACUACAAAUACAACUUAUUUCGAUUAUGAUCCUAUUCACGGACCACAAAUUAAUGAAGUUGGACCAAUUUAUAUGUUUAUGGUUAGACAUCCAUCACAGCCUGACAUGACACAUUUAAUAAAUUAAUCAUAAUCAGUAAUUAAAUACAACGCAAAAAAACGAAGAGGAGAGUUUUUUUCAAAGAAAAAAAGGAACAAGAUUAAUUUUGUUUGCCAAAAAGAAAAAACUAUUUUUUUUAAAAAAGAAGUAUAACUUUUAUUUUAUUAUUUAUGUUACAAAAGUUAUGUUAAAAGAAAGAUGAAAAUAUCUAUGAAAGGUAAUGCGGCAUUGUUUACACAUAUGUUUUACAAGAAACAUUGAAUUGAUUAUAAUAGUUUUACUUUUAGCAAAUUGACAUGAUAAAAGUAUUAUUAUUAUUAUUAUUGUUAUUGUUGUAAUAUUUCUUGCUUUUUGUUUGUUUAUUAAACCAUUUUUAGAAUUAGUUCAUACUUUAUGAAUGAACGUUGUUAUUUUUUUCUUUAAAGAGCAUCCAUCAAAGAAUGAACUUUUGUUCUAAGUAAUAUAGUAUUAGUAUUAUUAGUAUAAUUAUGAUUUAUUUGUUUAUUUAUUUUUCUCCUUCUAUUUGAUUUGACUAAUAGUUUAAAAAUUUAUAAAGUCCAUUUUCAUAAUGAUGUUAAUAUCAUUUUCUGACAAUAAUGGUAACAGUUUAUUCAUUAAAAAACUGAUGAGAAUCAUCUAAAUAUGAUUCAACUUACAAUAAAAACAAGAAACUUGAGACUAUACUUAAUGCUCUUAAUCGAUUAUCAUGUUUGUUUGUUUAUUUUUUGUUUUUCUUUGAAAUUAUCUUAUAUUAACGGUUGAAUGUUAUUAUUUAUUUUUACAACUAUAACAAACAAAUGGUAUUUAUAAUGAAUUGGAUCAUGACCAAAAUAAGAUCUAAUAUAGUUGUUGUGAAUUAAUAUUCAUGUUAGGAAAGGUUUAUUUUAAUACAUAAAAGUAUUCUUAAAAAUUCGUUUAAUGUUAUCAAUCACUAAAUAAAUGUAGAAGGAAUAAGGUUAAUUAAAAAGUAUAUGUGAAUGUAAUUGAUAGAAUAACACAGAUUGUUAUAUUUCAUAACAAUACUCAUGGAAUAUAAAUUUACGUUCUGAAAGGUUUUAUACAUUCAACCAAAAUAUUCGUAUAUUGUUCCGACAUUUUCGGAAAAC